AUGAGAUUUACAGUGAUAUUUGCAGCAGUAGCAGGUGUUGUAAUUGCUCAUGACUGGAAUGGAAGGGAUGAAUUCGAAGAUAGUAUUGCUGAAAAAGUAGCAAAACUUGGAUAUAUUGCCUUUGCAUACGAUAUAUAUGGUAAUGUUUGAAU